AUGACAAUAUUGAUUUCGGGAAGCGGUAAAAUCAAUGAGACGUUUAUUCAAAACAUCGAGCAUGCUCUACAAGGUUUCAAGAGUCCAAACUUUUGCAAAGCAAAAGUUACUCUUUUCCUCGAUGUUCAAUCUAUGGACGAUCAUGAAUUAGAUUCCAUAGUCAAAGCUGCUGUUACUGCAGUCUUGGAUUAUGAAUUUGGUAUUUACGGAAAGGCUAGGGUCGAUACAGUGGAAGAGUGGCAAAGGGUCAUUGAGAGUAGUCGUAUUCGUCUUGAAAAUACUCUGGAACGCAUCGGUGUUGAUCAAGAAGUGACUGUAUUUCGGGCUAAGGAUUUUGAAUGGACCAACAAUAUGUACGCAGCCAUGAACCAGUUGAAAGUAAAAAAGGAUUUCUCUUACGUCACAGCUCAACCGCUCUGGCCAUUUACGUUAAAGUUUAGUACAGCCCUUUGCUACGAAAAAUACAACGACGUUUCUCUAGAGUCUUACGGCAUACCUAAAUUGUGUCCUGGAAGAUUUGAUGACAUGUGGGUGAUUCCCAAUAACAUGAUAUUUACCAACAACAGCACAGACAUAUUUAACUGCACUUGGUUAGGAGAUUGCUUGCAGUUGGCACUGUCCAACAAUCAAACCUUAGCGGACUUGAUUUCAAUCAACUUUCGUUUUCGAAACGCUAGCACAUCAAGACUGUACCAUUAUUGGCAAAGUAAAGAACCAUUUGUUCUCAACUUAGAGGAAGGCUUUUUUCAGAAAGUGUCGGGACCAACCGUACUCUAUGAAGCGAUGAACGCCACAUUUUGGUCGUCUCUGUUAGCAGAUGAACGCGACAUAGAGGACGGUUUCUUUAUUGGCGUUUCACAGCUUGUAGAAUGGAUGACUGAAGACCAAAUAAAUUACAAAGAUCUUUCCGCUGGAUUCUACGAGGGCCAGAACUUUGACUGCAAAACUGGUUAUUCAUCGUGUGAAAUAGCAGCUAUCAUCUUGCCUUGUUGUGUCUUUUUAUUCGAUGCUCUUGGUUUUCUAUUGAGGCUUGCUGCGUUGUUAUGCAAAAUGAUCUUUCCCGUCAUUCACAAGUCACGUAUAGUAAUAUGGAUGCCCAGUUUAGGGUAUUAUUUGACCGGCUUGAAGGCUGAGAAUGCUAUUGGUCAAAAGAUUUACGAUCGACUACAAAGUAAUUGCAAUAAUGUCAAAAAAACAAAGAACAAUCAAAAACAAAAUCAAUGCUGCAAUACAAGCCUAUUCCUUUGGAUAGUUUUCUCAAUUGUAUCGAGACUUAUGUUUCUGAGUUUAUUGUUGUAUGGUCCUCUAGCACUGUGGAGAAGAUUUGCUAUCAAAAGCACCCACAGGGUUAACACUGAUCAAGGUUCUGCGUUUAUCAAAGUUCUAGUGGGGUACACAAUUACAGUCAGCCUUUACUUUAUAGUCUCCUGGUAUGUCGGUGUACGCAGUGGUCAAGGUUUAACGGCUAUGAAGAGAGUCAUCCAAAAUGCUAAACUCGGAAACAAAGAAAAAAUGUUGCAAUAUUCUACACCAUGGAGCAGCAUUGGGGCUACGGUUGCAAUAAUGACAACUCAUGUUGUUCACACUGUGAUUAUGAUUGAUACUGUUACCAAAUUUGAGAGAAGCAUCGGAUGGUAUUCCGGAUUUAACUGUUAUACGGCGUUUAUGUACGCGUCCUUUUAUGCUUUCUACUAUCUUAUGUCGUACAUGUCAUUGCUUCAUGCAUACAAUUAUGAUCAGUGGGCUAAUUCAUAUUUCAUGCUUCUCAAUAAUGACAGAACAAGACCUAAUGAACAGGCACAUGAAGAUGAUAAUAUGGCUCACGUAAACGAAAUAGAUGCAAACGUUGCAAUCGGAGACAAAGCUACUUUAACAAACAACAUGCCUGACGUGAAAGGUAACAUUCCACAAGAAUCCAAUGGUAACGAAACAACAAACAAUCUGGAAUUGCUAACCAGACCUAUUGAAGAAGCACAUGAAGAUGGGAAUAUGGCUCACGUAAACGAAAUAGAUGUAAACGUUGUAAGCGAAGACAAAACUACUUUAACAAACAACACGCCUGACGCGCAAGGUAACAUUCCACAAGAAGCCAAUGGUAACGAAACAACAAACAAUCUGGAAUCGCUAAUUGGCGAGUACAACAAAUAUUAUUCAGGAUACUUCUCUUUGUUGAUACUCGUUGUAGUGCAAGUACCGGCUGGCUAUUUUCCUAUGCUCUACUUCGCCAAAUAUUUAAAUACAACUAUUCCUUUUCUGGAUUCUGUUGGCAUUGCGAGGCGGCUUUCUUUGCUUAUUACUAUCAUCGCAAUUUCAGCAAUGCCAUUUGGCACAACGUGGUACACAUAUAAACAAAUAAGAGAUGGAUUUAAACAGUUCAAGAGAGAUCCCAGUAAUGCUGACAGGUACAAGGAUUGCUUUACCAGUCCAAUGCCUUUUCUGGGCAAGAGUCAGUUUCUACUGAAUCAAAUUCCGAAUGCAAUUAUAAUCAUCAUCACUUUACUUUAAUAUGCAGUAACUGCAAGAACCUGUUUGCGGCUUUAAAUAAGUUGUAUCCGUAGUAUAUUUGUAGAUGAGUUUAAGCAGCAUGCAUGCCUGUUUUGCUUUCGACACUUUUGCAUUACCUGAUCGUGUUCGUUUAGAUAGUUUGCUAAUUAUUAAAACCAAUUAGCAUUUGACUGUGUUCACACAGUUUUGUUAAUUGUUAAUAUAAAUUGCCAUA